AUGAAUAAAGACAACGCGUUCAAUUUUUUGAGUGACAAUAACCUUCAGUCAAUUUUUAGCAAGUAAUAGCUACACAGCAUUGAUAGUAUCUUCAACAAGGACAUGUUCCAAAUGCCAGGCGAGCCUUUUCAGAAAAACGAGAACUCAAACACAACAAAUAAUUUUUCAUUCGAAAAUAGUUUUGGAGAUUUCUUCAAGAAAUUUGAAAAUAACACAGAAACAAACUUUAAUAAUGUAGAGACUGAGCCUCUUGGUGAAAACAACCCUAUACAAGCAUGAACAAAUAAUGAUAUAUUUGAGCUAGGAUUAAAAGAUAACCAGAAUAAGCCGCCUCAGCCGAAAAUUGAAACCAAAGCAGUCUUACCUGAAAUAAAUGCUCCUGUUUCAGCAAAAAUAGAUGAAAAGCCUGAACAAAAAUCACUAUUCCCUAAAAAGGACAUCAAAACAUUUUCGUUUACAAAAGAAAAUGGCAAAAAAGCUUCCCCUCCAAAAAUUUUUCAUUUGAAAAGGCCAUUACGGCCUAAAGAUGAAAACGAGUCAAAUACAAAAAGAAUCAAAUAUGAGCCAUCUACUCCUGGUCAGGCUAUAAAGCCUAAGCCAAACCCUCCUGAAAUCAAAUCAAUCUUAAAUGCAGAAAAAAAUCCAACUGCACCUUCAAGAAAUUCUAAUCAGUUCAUUGACUUGGACGCAAAAAAAUCAAAGCCAGAGCCUCAAACCCCUGGGAGAUCGAUAAAACCUAUCGCGCGUUCUUCUGAAAAAAGACCAUCAUUUUCAAGUAAUAAUUCUAACGAAAAAUUAAUAAUCCCUAGAACUCCAGGGCCCCAAAGACAAUCAAAGCCAAACUAUCAAAAAGAUCUAGAAGAAAAAAUAGCUGAAAUUAAGCGUUUUGAUGAAGAAAAAAGACAUUUACCUCUUUAGUUGGAAAAAUUGUAUAUAGUAUAAUUUUUUUACAUUUAUUAUAAAAUUAUAUUAGAUCUUUAAUAAAUUGAUAGAAAAAGAAAUUAAAAAUAAUAGAAUUCCACUAAAAUUAAAUUUUUACCUGAUGGAGAGUUAGAAGAGCUAAAAAAAACUAUCGAAGCGUUAGAAGAGCACGGAGGGAUGCCUUGUCCAAAAAUAGGCUAUGAGUGUCUUUUAGAGCUUAAAGAAACCUUUAUGAGCGUUCAGCUAAAACUUCUAAAAGCGAGAGCUGACCAAGUUUCAAUUUUGAACCAAUUUUUAACAAUUUCCACUCCAGAUUUAGAAAGUAGGCUCAAAAAAUUAAAAAUUGUCUAA